AUGACGCGAACCGGCCCUACAGAUAAUCCCAUAUGGGAGACCAAGGGCAUUGCCCCCGAUGACGGCAGAAUUGACUCGGUCGCUUGUCAGGAUGCAAGGCCAAAGGGGCGCAUUCGUCGGUCAAUGACUGCCUGUAAUACCUGUCGGAAGCUCAAGACCCGCUGCGAUGUGGAUCCUCGUGGGCAUGCUUGUCGGCGGUGCUUAUCUCUGAGGCUUGAAUGUGAGCUCCCUGAGACAACGGAGAGGUUCCAGGACAAUGCAUCCACCUGGUCCGAUGCUACGGCCGCCAUCCCCUCGAUCGAAGAACGACUGGUUUCUCUCGAACGCGGUAUGGGUGAGAUGAUUCAUCUCAUGCGCCAGAUGGUCAACCGCUCCCCCAGCAUGUCCUGCAGCCCAACCUCCCAGCCAAGAAGCAACAGCGUAGACGGAUCGGGUUCAGAGAGCAUGUCUGGAUCUUUUUAUCCACUCAAGCCUGCGCAGCUCAUCCGGGAUCUACAGGCAGAGUGCUUCGGAGAGAGAGACCACUCUGCCGAGGCCGAUAUCCUCGGAGACAUCGUCACCCAGGGCAUCGUAGAUGCCAAGCUCUCCCAUAAAAUGAUUGAACUCUUCGUGGAAUAUUUCGGCCAUUGGGUCUCGAUAAAUCAUGCAUCCAGCAUUCAACGCUCAAAUACACUCUUAUUCAACACCGCAUGUCUAAUGGCUGCUCGCUAUUUGCCCGGACUCCCCCAGCACACCGUCCGCGAUAUCGCUCUCCACGUACAGCACGCCGUAGCCAAGAUGCUGUGGAAGCCUUCGCCAAUGACGGGCGAUAUGCUGCAAGCGCUGACAUUACUUUGUCUAUACUCAACCUCCAUCCACAAAGAUGGUUUGAUGGAUGACUGGUUGCUGAGCGGGAUCUCAAUCAACCAUGCUCUCGCCUCAUUCAGCUUCCUCAAUACCCGGCCUGGAGAUAAUCCCAACCCGGAUGAGGUACUCGCUCAAUUGCGUCUGUGGAAUACUCUCUGCGCAACCCAACUACACUCCGCCCUCGCAAACGGCCGCACAGUCAACAUCCAGCCCCAAUACCUCGACCAAUGCCCCCGAAUCCUCGAACACGCCGCCGCGACCGCCGAAGACGGCCGAAUCGUCGCAGAAAUCCAACUCUAUCGCAUCGCCCUCAAACUCCAAAACAGCCAGCACCGCCUCCAAUUCGCAGAACCCGAAUACGAAGAAAUCGAGCGGUGGAAGAUGGAAUGGGCCCAUCUUCUCACCUCAGACUCAACCCUCGACCUAAACCUCUGGUUCUGCCAACUCCUCCUUCACCGCACCGCAACCCGCUACACCCCAGACACAGACCGUCUCCUCCCCGAAAUCUGCAACACAUCCCGCCUAAUCAUCUCCAAAUUCCUCCAAACCCGCUUUUCCUCCGCCCCAGCCCUGAUAGACCACGUCUACUUCAUCGUCGGCUACGCAGCCCUAACACUAUGCGACUACAACAUCCCCGAUCCUCUCAUCACGCAGGUCCGCGGUUUCCUGCUGCAUCUUGCGCCGGGAGGCGAUAACCUUCCUUAUCAAAUUGCUUGUAUUGUUGGCGAGGUGCAGAGACGCUAUUCCGAGAGUGCGGGGAGUAGUCCUGUGGACACCAAGGGGCAGGGGCAUGGCUUUGGGGGGCGGAUGCAGAUUGCGGGGAUUAUGCCGCCGGCGGAGGUUUUGGAUUCGUUGGUUGAGGGGUAUGAGUGUCUGGAGCAGUUGAUGCCGGGUUAUGCGCAGGGCUUUGGUGAAGGGGAGUUGUUUUCGGGUGUUGUUGGUGUUACUGGGGGUGCUAUGCCUGUUGGGCUUGUGCCAAGGGCUUUGCAUGAUUGGUAA